GGACCACAGUUUCAAUACCCUAUCUGAUAGGGUACACGUCUGUGGAUAUGCCGCAGUGAAAAUAAUGAUUUGUCAUGAAUUCUGAAUCGUUAGCAUACGCAAACACGGAUAUAUGCAUGAAAGCCUUCUGCCUCAUUCCUAUUUCAGCAGGCAUAAUUACAACAAUAACUCCUUGGUAACUAGUAGCUGCCCAUAUGUCACGUAUUGAAAUUUGCAAUAAAGUGAAACUGGUUUUCCCAGAAACUUUAACUAAUAAGCUUUCAUUAGAUUGCCUUCCUCUGCUUAACAGAAGGAACUUUAAUUUACUAAAGAAAUCCAGAAAUUUCCUAAAGCAUUAAAAUGCCAUGGUUUUGGAUUGGGUUUGCAGCUGCAGUUACUGUAUUAUUGACGCAUAUGACAACUCGACAAAUGCAACAGGAUUCGUAUGAGCAACGGAAGUCAUAUAAGCGACAGGAGCCGAAUAAGCAACAGGAGCCGUAUAAGCAACGGAAGUCGAAUAAGCAACGGAAGUCGAAUAAGCAACGGAAGUCGAAUAAGCAACGGGAGUCGUGUGGGCAACAGGAGUCGUGUGGGCAACAGGAGUCAUGUGAGCAACAGGAGUCGUGUGAGCAUCAGGAGUCGUGUGAGCAUCAGGAGUCGUGUGAGCAUCAGGAGUCGUGUGAGCAUCAGGAGUCGUGUGAGCAUCAGGAGUCGUGUGAGCAACAGGAGUCGUGUGAGCAUCAGGAGUCGCACGUGCGACAGAUGUUGUAUGAGCAAAGAAAUCACACGGUGCUUCAUGAGAAAAAUGUCAGUGGAAUGGUUCAUGUGGAAAAGCAUAUGGAGACAUACUCUGCCUUUAGAAUUGAAAGAAAUGACAUCAUUCGAAGACAAAGGAAUGGAAGAUGUGAAACUGGAUCCCCUGGCAGCCAACUAUAGUAGAUCAAAUCCUUAUCAUAGCAUUAUAUCUACAACAAUAGAAGUUUUAUAUCUACAACAAUAGAAGUUUUAUAUCUACUACACUCUGAGUGGUUGGCGUUAGGAAGGGCAUCCAGCUGUAGAAACUCUGCCAAAUCAGACUGGAGCCUGGUGUUGCCAUCCGGUUUCACCAGUCCUCAGUCAGAUCGUCC